GAUUAAUUACCAUCACAAUUACAAUUUCACGAUUAUAACCAGCCCAGGAAAAAAAAAUCACGACCAGAAAUGAAUUCACAUGUCACACCACCAGUUGUCUUAUCAGAUUUGCCCAGCAAAGGCGGAGAAUCAAACGACACAACAGCCGUUAUUUCAUCAGAACGAGAAAAUCUUGCGGGUGAUCAAGUAUUAGAAGCAAUCCCCGAUGGCGGGUAUGGCUGGCUAGUUCUCGCCGCUUGUUUCAUCCAUACAUUCUGGCUAAAUGCUUGGACCGGAUCAUGGGGCAUUCUUCAGGUUGCACUUCUGAAGACAACAUUGAAGGGAUCUUCGUCAAGCACUGUGUCAUUCAUCGGUUCUCUUGGCCUCGGAAUGUCAGUCGGCCUCAGUAUCGUCGCCAUUCCAAUCGCGAGAAAGAUUGGAGCCCGCUUGACAAGCCUGAUCGGGAUCAUCGUUUACGGUACUGGGCUUGUUGCAAGUGGAUUUGCCGUUCACAGUGUAGGCGGUAUGUUCGUGGCUUGUGGAGUUUCAUACGGGCUCAGCAUUGCGUUGUUAUACACCAUGACAAACAGUCUCCCUGUCCAAUGGUUCCACAAGAGACUUGGGGCUGCCAACGGAAUUGUGAAGCUGGGGGGAGGCAUCGGAGCUACAGUUAUGGCUCUUAUCACAGGGGUUCUGGUCGAAAAGCUCGGUGUGGUAUGGACCUUCCGCAUCAUGGGACUGCUGUCUCUUGUUACCGGUGUGCCAGCAGCUUUUCUUAUCCGAGAACGACAUCCAGCCGGCGGUAGCUUUAUCAUCGAUUGGUCUAUGUUCAAAGAUGCUUCGUUCUGUUAUUUACUCGCCUCUGGAGCAAUUGGAGUGUUCGCGGUGUAUGUGCCAUCCUUUUUCCUACCAUACGUAGGCAACUCCAUUGGCCUUUCGCAUUCCACUGUGUCAGGUGUUGUUGCUUGCUUCAAUGCUUCGAUGGCGAUCGGACGUCUUGGGUCGGGGUAUGCCUGCGACAGAUUUGGGGCACUCAACAUGAUGCUCUUGACAAUGGCGUUCAAUGCAAUCACCUUCUUUGCUAUAUGGUCCUUCUCUUCAACGCUAGCUAUUUUACUUGUCUUUUCUGUUUUGAACGGCAUAGCCAAUGGCGCAUUUUUCGUAACGCUACCAACAGCCAUUGCGAGACAUGUUGGAUCUAGUAGAGCAUCUGCAGCGAUCAGUGUUACUAUUACAGUAUGGGCACCAGGUUUGCUGCUCGGAAAUCCAAUCGCUGGGUUCCUCAUUGAUGCUACAGGGGCCGACAAAGGUACCUCGAUUUCGCUGUACAGACCUGCCAUAUUUUAUGCUGGAGGGGCUGCACUGAUUUCGACAGCUUUGGUAGUUGUCGUGCGAUGGAGGGUGUGCAGUGACGUUACAAAAAAGUUGUGAUAACAAAUACUUUCAAGUUGAAGUAUUCGCUCAAGGGCUGUUCAUCCGGACCUGGCAUGGUGGGAUAUUUUCGGUAGCAGGUAUGAUUGAACAUAUCAACCCUCAAGCUGUCCAAAGCCUACCCAAAUCCGAGUAUUUCAAAAUUAAAGCAGGCAUAUCAGCCAGAAGGCUUAGCUUGUUAUUAUUAAAAAGUGUGGUAUUGAAGUUCUCGACCGGCGUAAUAUUGACCUAUCGGGUGUGAGAACCUAUCGGUUCCGACUUCCUUACUACGGGGAACUCCUUUCGGAUUCCCUCUUAUAGAGUAGGUGCCUAUCGAUUCCAAGCGUUACCAAGAGCAGGGGUUGACUUGAGCCGUAGUGAAGGAUUUAUUGUGUUGU